AAAAGCGAACAGGAAAAGUUACGUUGUCCUCCGCGGAGCUGUGGAAAGCAUGUGCGAGUCGUUAAAACUGAUAGAUAUAAAUAAUGCUAAGUCUGCUGCCUUUUUUUCAGACUUCAAACGAUCAAUCUAAAACUAGUUUCAAUUGAUGAGAUUGUCAACAUAGGCAGAAUACUUGUGAAAAUUUAUGAAGCAUUAAUGGUUAUGUUACGAUAAAUCUGCAAUUAAAUUACAGCUUUCUGUGUUUUGUGUACAUUACAAGCAUAUGAUUAAACAGAACUGGGUGAUUAUAUGACGCAAAGUAAGAAAAUUGUUUGUUCGCCUAAAUGCGCCAAUACAGUGUUGAAUAAUUUAUUAUAGUGACUGGUUGGUAAGGGAUUGAAUUUCAUCAAACCGUUUAACAAAUAGCAACAACAAUUCUGAUUUAAUGAGCACGACGACCUGCACCGACUGCAUCAAAUAGAGGCACACGCCAAUUAGCCGACAAGACACGAAGAGGAUCUGGUAUAGAAGCUGUAAUUUACAAAGAGGAUCUUUUUGUCUCAGGGGAAGAUGCUCUAAUGUGCAGUGCUCAUUAAAGAAACAAGUUGACAAAUUGCAAUGUCAACCUUUCAAGCUUCAAGUUACUUCUGAUUCAAACCAAACUAAUUCCGGGAAAAAUAUUCGCUCUAAACGAAUCUUAUUCAUACCCUCUAACUGGCUUCAAUGCAAAGUACAUAGGGAUUUUCUGUGGCUAUAAGCUCAGAAACGAAAACACAAACGCAAAAGGAUAAAGCAAAAUCCAUGCUAAAAUUGACAAACUGAAACUGGGUAGCACCUACCUCUAAGCGACUGAGAGCCAAAAACCACAACCGGAUUAAACUGAUUUGGUGACCAAGACUGGAAGGUGGGAUCCUGAAAAACAAGGUGUACUGUGGUAUUAAAAAUUAUAUCAUCCCUAGAGCAAGGUGGAAAUCCUGGAUAAUUUUCCAUCGUGAAGCUCAGUUCAAAAGUGAAGUGACAAAACAACUGUGAUCCAGUGGUAUUGUAUCAUCAACGUGCCCGCGAGUAAGAUUGUAAGAAAUAAAACAUUCGAAAGUAAAAAUAACGUCAAUGAUGAAGCGAAACAGAAAGUGCGUCGGCAUCACGGCAAGCAUUUUUCACGUACUGUUUGUAACAGUGGCAGUCUCCAUCACUCAGGUGAUUACGGAAGAUUGCGGUGAGGAAGAACUCGUCCAAUGUACCAGACCGUUGCAAAUGCUUUCCGCAACAUCAGAGCUUUCGUUCGUCACGAAAAAGGAGGAGUUAGAUAAACUAUGCCCUGACCUGCACUCAGGGCUUCAUUGUAUACGAAGCUAUACACGACGCUGUAUGAACAUCCAUCAGAGGGACCAUUUCAAUAAGUUGUAUCAUGGCACCAAUGAGGUCAUCCGCGAGCUGUGCGAAGAAGGACCUUAUCAGGAAGACUUUCUUAGGCAUGCCCCUUGCAUGCGACAUGUGAAAAAGGACUACGAAGUGUGUGCGGUCAGCUAUCAAAGCACAAUGGCUAAGAUCGGACAAACGAUGGUCACCGGUACUACGCCGAAGUCACCCACCGGUGGUGCCUCAGGCCAACCGACACCGAAUGCUGCCAUGUCGCUUUCUAUGAAUGACAUGCAGCAACAGCAGCAACAGCAUUCUCGCCAACGGAACCAUACGAAAAGUGCUGAGGAUGCGGAAGAGGAACGACUUAAAACUGUUUGCUGUGCGUUUCAAAAGUAUAAGCAGUGUUCCGAGUUUACGGUACGGCAUGCGUGUGGAGAUGAAACGGCUCUUUUCACUCGAAAAUUUCUCGACAAGAUGUCCAACACUCUGAUGAGGAUGCACUGCGUCGAUUACACACCGGAAAGCGGAAAAUGCCGGGAUUAUUUUAGUUCAGACGCGACACGUGUCCGGUUGACCACCCCAACAUGGCUUUUGUUGAAUAUUUUGCUAGCCGGUCUGGUAACGUUGCUGCCCCGUUGUAUAUCGAGCUACAGUGAGCUAAUUUAAUCGACUUGGGCUGUAGACGGAACAAUAGUGCAUCGCAUCCUAGAUACUGUGGAGCAUGUGUCGCCUCUGACCACGUCGAAGUUCUAUGGUAGCCAUCAUGUGUGGAAUAUACAGUUGCAGGCGAAACCCAUUUGUGAUCGUCAAGUGUGAAGAUAGUGUGAAUGCGGAGCAUAGGCCUGUGCGAGGUGCGAGAAAUGAAUAAAUAAAUUAAACGAACAAAGAGCUAGUUGCAACGAUGAUAGUGUGGUGCGUUGUUACAAUACGUGUGCGUGUAUUUACGGUUGCUAUAAAAUGAUUCGUUUUUGUGUUUGUUCAGGUAAAAUAAUUGAAUAACAGCCGACCGUUUAGAAUCAAACUAGUUUAAUUAUUGUUAUCACACUUUUACGGUUGAAAUCGGUUACAAAAAAUUCUGAUAAUUGACUGUUUAAAAGAGGAAGUGGAUUGAACAUGCUGUGCAUGUUAUCACGCAUACUGAGUAUUUAAAUUGGAAUACAAAAAACCGAACUUAAAGUGUAUGUUGUUCAUCACUGAUUACUGUUUAUACUUUGAAUUUAUCCGAAUAUGAACAAAAUAUUUUUUUUGGUAACAAAGCUCUUGGUUUCAGUUCAAACGAUAAAAAGUUAUUAAAAUUAUUUUAAAUAAUAGGGUAACUAAACUAUUUUGGACCCCAUUUCAAGCUUUACCUAAUUUG